AUUAUAUUUAAAAAGCGGCCACUUCCGCACGAUUUUCCGGCAUUUGCUCAUGAGAAGCCGGCAGCGGAACUGGCAAAAAUGCACAACAAGGACACUGAGGAACCAACAAUGGACAAACCGUCUGAAAAAAUAACAACGCUUGUCAGUGAACAAAAUUUGAAAGAGAAGGAGAAGGCACAAGCGAAAACCGAAAAAGACACAGAAACAUGA